AAGUGGUCUAAGGGGAAAGUGAGAGACAAAUUGAACAACCUCGUCCUCUUUGACAAAGCUACCUAUGACAAACUGUGCAAAGAAGUUCCCAACUACAAGCUCAUCACACCUGCAGUUGUUUCUGAGAGACUGAAGAUUCGAGGCUCCCUGGCUAGGGCUGCCCUCCAGGAGCUGCUCAGCAAAGGUUUGAUCAAGCUGGUGUCCAAGCACCGAGCCCAAGUGAUCUACACGAGAAACACGAAGGGCGGAGACGCGCCCGCUGCGGGGGAGGAUGCAUAGGUAGCUCCUCCGGCGACCUCGUCAGCAAUGCGUCACACAUAGAGGCACACAAUAAAACUAUUGAACUAAUU